GGCGAGCAGUCGUGCCUCUCGCGUAGUCCUUCAGUGUGAUCGGAUAUCGCGAGUGAACGUGUCGUGAGAGAAUCGUGAUUUAUGUACUGACUUGGUGAACUCUACACGGAAUACAAAACGCGAUGUGAAGGGAUGAUGCAGGCACACCACAAUGUAAUCUCGUAACAUGACGCCCAGUAGCCUCGCUCUUUACAUCACCAGCCUGCUGUGGCUCGACCUCACGCACGCUAAGAUUUGUUACUUUUGGCACAUCACCGAUCUUCAUUAUGACCCGUUCCACAACUCCCCGGAGCUCCAUAGAGGCUGUAAACACAACCGCGGGAACAACGAGUCGCCACACAGCCACCGCAAUGGCCGCCACCGCGACCACACCUGCGACAGCUCGUGGCCUCUCAUACAGAGCGCCGCCGCAUUCAUGGCCGAGCGGCAUCCGGACACACUGGAAUUUGUACUGUGGACUGGAGAUAUUCUCUCGUCAUCAAUGGAGCAUCUAGAUGAAGAGGUGAAACUGGAGGCUGUGAGGAAUGUCACAGACAUCCUCAGCAGGACGUUCAGCAGCCAGUUCGUAUUCCCAGCGCUGGGACACAACGACCCACCACCUUCUAAGAGACUUGUUGAAAUGUGGAUGCAGUGGUUACCUACAGAGGCACUACAGAGUUUUGAGACUGGUGGUUACUACACAAUCGAGCAGUCGCACAGCAAGUUACGUUUAGUGGUGCUGAACAGUGUGCUGUGGGCGGGCGGUGCUGCCAAGACUGACGGACCGCACAGAGGACGUGAGCAGUGGGAGUGGCUAGAGAAAGUACUAGGCACAGCUAGGAGGAAAAACGAGAUGGUCUACUUAGUAGCCCACGCGGGCCCAGGAGUAGAAGAGAGACACAAUGCUGGAAGCUCCUCAGCAUCAGGAGGCGGUGAGCUGACUCCAACAGCGAAUGCCAGGCUGCUACACGUCAUACGAGCCUUCAGCGAUGUUAUCGCGGGGCAGUUCUAUGGCCACAGACAUGCGGAUACGUUUAGACUUAUUUAUAGUGAAGGUCGCCCAGUAUCAUGGGCUUUCUUAGCGCCAUCGGUGACGCCAAGGGGCGCGGGCAGUAUAUCGAAUCCAGGACUCAGGCUAUAUAAAUUUGAGUCUAAUAGUGGAAAGGUACUAGACUACACACAGUAUUAUUUAGAUUUAACGAACACAAGGGGCGAACCACACUGGGCGGUCGAGUACAACCUCACCCAAUACUAUGGCUUACGGGAAGUCAGUGCUAACGCCUUGGACACCCUGGCUGAGAAGAUAAGAAACUACCCUGAUAGAGGAUUACUUAACAAAUACCUAACAGCGUUGAGCGUGCGCCAUGUGACGGACGUGUCAGACUGCGACGCGAGCUGCGUGCACGUCCACUUCUGUGCGAUCACCCGCGCGGAUUUCCACGAGUUCCGCACCUGCGUCCGCAGCCCCGCCUCGGCGCUGGCGUCGCGCGCGCCGCACAUGUCCGCGGCCAUCUUGCUUUACGCCAUUUUGAUUUUGAUCUCUUCAUAAUAAGUGUAACAGGUAAAAGGGCUUUCAAGAUUUCGACCUACCUAGUAAUUCACAAUGUUACUUUUUUCCAAAAUAGCGGCUAUGCAUAAAACCUGCACUAAUCAAUAACUGGCAUCAAUAUAAACAAGUAUUGUAUGAGACAUUAUCUUCCAAAGUGUUAGGUUUCUGAGAUAUAAGCUAUCAAAGUUAUACUGGUGGCUAGA